AUGGCCACAUCAAGGGUAGGUGAAACCUUGUAUGAAAAAAUAUUUAAGCAUUAUACAUUUAAACAAUGGGGGAGGUACCCAGAGGAAUUGGAUGCAUCAGUGUUAGCUAGAAUACCAGUAAGAAAUAAUUUUGAUGACCGUUACUUCAGUGACAAGUAUCAAGCACUUCCUACUGAUGGUUAUACAAAAUUUUUUGAAAAUAUCCUUGACCAUGGAAAUAUAACAGUACGCCUGUCAUGUGACUAUUUUGGCAUUGAUCCUUCUACUAUCUCCAACAGUACCAUUAUAUAUUCUGGACCUAUUGACGAUUUCUUCACAAAUGUUGGCUACCCUAAAUUAGAGUAUAGAUCCGUAAACUUUGAAAUUCAACGCUUGAAAAAUACUAAAUUCUUCCAGCCAUGUGCUCACGUUAAUCAUCCAGGUCCCGCAACUCCAUUUACCAGGAUAAUAGAAUACAAGCAUCUCCUCAAUCAAGAUUCGCCACACACCACGAUUAUCUCGGAGACAACAUGUAGCGACGGUGAUCCCUACUAUCCUGUUCCAAACAAAAGAAAUAUGGAACUGUAUGAACAAUAUAAAGCAUUAGCAGAAAAGGAGAGAAAUAUACAUUUUGUUGGACGACUAGCCAGUUAUAAAUAUUUUAAUAUGGAUCAAUCAAUUUUGAAUGCACUUGAGUAUUGUGACUCUAACUUUUCUAUAUAA